CUGAGGGCCGCAGUCGUCGUGUCGUCUCUCUCGGGCGGCGGGCGCCUGCGAGUUCCUCUGCGGACAUGGGCCACGCCGACGCCCGCCACCCCUGCUCCUCCAUCGAGGACGACUUCAACUAUGGCAGCUGCGUGGCUUCGGCCAGCGUGUACAUCCGCAUGGCCUUUCUAAGGAAAGUCUAUAGCAUCCUUUCUGUGCAAGUUCUCUUAACUACAGUGACAUCUGCACUUUUUUUGUACUUUGAGUCUAUACGGACAUUUGUACAUGAAAGUCCUGCCUUAAUUUUGGUGUUUACCUUUGGAUCUUUCGGUAUGAUUUUGGCAUUGACUUUAAACAGACAUAAGCAUCCCCUUAACCUGUACCUGCUUUUUGGAUUUACUCUGUUGGAAGCCCUGACUGUGGCCUUUGUUGUUACUUUCUAUGAUGUACAUAUUGUUCUACAAGCUUUUCUACUGACAACUGCAGUAUUUCUUGGUUUGACUGUAUAUACUCUACAAUCUAAGAGAGAUUUCAGCAAAUUUGGAGCAGGACUGUUUACUGUUUUGUGGAUUUUCUGCUUGUCAGGAUUCUUGAAGUUGUUUUUUUAUAGUGAGACAUUGGAGUUGGUCUUGGCUGCUCUAGGGGCCCUUCUUUUCUGCGGAUUCAUUAUCUAUGACACACACUCACUGAUGCAUCGGCUGUCGCCUGAAGAGUAUGUAUUAGCUGCCAUCAGCCUCUACUUGGAUAUCAUCAAUUUAUUCCUGUACCUGUUGCGGUUUUUGGAUGCAGUUAAUAAAAAGUGAUUGAAAGCAGUA